AGAAGUGUUUUAUAAACACGUCUUAUAAGGUUUCUAAAACUUCACAUAUCGUCAAAACCGGCUUGUCUACGACAACGCUUGAUAAUGAGUUAUUUGCCUACUGGGUUGCAUGUUGUGCUUCUUACCAUUGCAUGCAGCGAUGGCUUUUUGUUUGACGUCAAAACGGACUGUCUCGUGACGUCAUGGAGUUCUUGGGCGGAAAUGCCUGGUCUUGAUGUACACAUUCGAGAACGUGGAAUUCUUCGACAUGAUAACAAAGGUGGCGCUCCCUGCCCACCAGAUGACGAACUAAGGGAGAUAAAACCAGAUCCCCAUCCAUCCCCUUUAGACAGUCAGAUUCAUAUACAAGCUACAGCAAGAUCGAUGUCAACAAACUUUAUACGGAGAGAACCGAAGCCUGGCAACCCAACACAGCCUGGUCAUGUCCGUGACCUUCUGAUUGUCCUCGACUCUUCAGGAAGUAUUAGUAAAUCAGACUUUGAGAGAACCAAACAUAAUUUGGCCGAGCUGAUGGGAAUGCUCUGCCCCGAUCCUGACCCAUUUGCUCAACUUUACAAUCACGCUGCUUUACUUGAUUUUUCAAAUUCUGUUAUGGAAGUGUUUGAUUUCAACAGGUACCAUGGCAUUGCGGCACUAAAGCGUGCUCUACUAUCUGUACCUCAGAUUGCAGGACGUACAUGCACGACAAAAGCUCUCGAUGCGGCAUCUCAGAUGCUAGCAACAUGGAAAGGAAUGCGGUCAGACAGUCUUGUUGACAAAGAAGUUUUGAUAUUGACAGAUGGACACUCGAACUGUGGUGGCGACGUGCUUGCGUCAGCUCUGAAGCUUCGUGGCAAAGCUAAGGUGUUUUCUUUACUUAUCGGUUCCUUUUCACAGAGUGGAUUAAACGAGAUCCUUAACUAUGUAACAACUCCCGCACCGAAUCAUCUGUUUGCAAUUAAGACCCAUCAAGGACUAGAUCAAUUGAUGUCACUUCUUAGGUCACAAAGCAGUCUGGUUCCAUGUAUGCCAUUCGAUCUUCCCUCGAACAGUGGAUAGCUCAACAGACGAAAGUUAUUUUUCUACGAGACUUUUAACAUGAGUUAUUUCUGUAACACUGAUGAUAUGAUAUUUAUUAUUUGUGGAGGUGGGAUGGGGUGGGGGCGCAGGGGAAAGACUUCAGUCAUCACUUUUUUUUACAAAAUAAUUAUCUGAUAUCCCGCUAGAUGAUGAACAAUGUCUGAACCCAUUUCGAAAACUUAUUUUAGACACAUUUUUAAAGUAUGUUAGUCAACGAACUGAGACAUACAUACAUACAUACAUACAUGCAUGGAUGCAUGCAUGGAUGCAUACAUACAUGCAUGCAUGCAUACAUACAUACAUACAUGCAUACAUACAUACUGUAACUACAUAUUCUAACUUUAAUAAACUUAUUAUUUGCAUUUUUAGAAGUAUGAACUUUACUAAAAUUGUUCUAAAUACGUAUUUUUGAUGUAAAAAUGUAGA